UCCUAGAGAGAAGAUAUCUAUAUAUAUUUAUAUAUAUAGCACGAGAAACAAAGAAUGGAGAGGCUCCGGUGGAGCCGCCCCGGCUCCCUCCUCGUCCUCGCGGCGGCGUUCCUGGCGUCCGCCGCGGCGUCGAGCGCCACCAGCAUCGCCGACUGGGACGAGCACUGGCAGAAGCGCCGGGAGCUGGCCGAGGCGUCGGCCCGGGAGGCGUACAAGCCCGACCCCUUCAACGUCACCAACAGCUUCAACGCCGCCGUGCACAGGUCCACCAGCCCGCGGCGCGAGAUGCGGGAGAAGAAGAAGAAGUCCAACGGCCCGUGCCGCGCCACCAACCCCAUCGACAAGUGCUGGCGCUGCCGCAAGAACUGGGCCACGGACCGGCAGCGCCUGGCCCGCUGCGCCAGGGGCUUCGGCCGCGCCGCUACCGGCGGGCUCGGCGGCAAGAUCUACGUCGUCACCGACCCGACCGACGCCGACGUGGUGAACCCCCGCCCGGGGACGCUCCGGUGGGGCGCCAUCCAGCCCGGCCCGCUCUGGAUCAUCUUCGCCAGGUCCAUGAUCAUCCAGCUCUCGCAGGAGCUCCUCGUCAGCAGCGACAAGACCAUCGACGGCCGCGGCGCGCAGGUCCACAUCGCCAACGGCGGCGGCAUCACCGUGCAGUUCGCGCGGAACGUCAUCAUCCACGGCCUCCACGUGCACGACGUGAAGCACACCGACGGCGGGCUGAUGCGGGACUCGCCGACGCACAUGGGGCCCCGGACCAAGGCCGACGGCGACGGCAUCUCGCUGUUCGGCGCCACCGACGUGUGGAUCGACCACAUCUCCAUGUCCAACUGCGAGGACGGGCUCAUCGACGUCGUGCAGAGCUCCACGGGGGUCACCAUCUCCAACUGCCACUUCACCAACCACAACGACGUGAUGCUCUUCGGCGCCAGCGACUCGUACCCGCAGGACCAGGUGAUGCAGAUCACCGUCGCCUUCAACCACUUCGGCAGGGGGCUCGUGCAGCGGAUGCCGCGCUGCCGGUGGGGCUUCUUCCACGUCGUCAACAACGACUACACGCACUGGCUCAUGUACGCCAUUGGAGGGAGCAACGCGCCUACCAUCAUCAGCCAGGGGAACAGGUACAUCGCGCCGCCCAACAUCGCCGCCAAGUUGAUCACCAAGCACUACGCCGACGAGGGGGUGUGGAAGAACUGGGUGUGGCACACGGAGGACGACCUCUUCAUGAACGGCGCCGUCUUCCAGCCCUCCGGCGGGGCGGUCCCCAGGAAGAUCAACAAGAAGGAGUGGGUCAAGCCCAAGCCGGGAUCCUACGUCACCAGGCUCACACGCUUCUCCGGCACCUUGUCCUGCAUCCCCGGCAGAAAGUGCUGAUCGCCGACUUUGCUCUGUGCUUCUUGCAACGAGGGGUAUGUAUCCUCAUGGAAGAAAGCAAAAGGAUCAAUGCACUUAGAAUGGAGGGUAGCCAGGCUAUUUUGCUAACCAUUUGCCUUAAAGUUUCUUUUCC